AUGCGGCCGGCAGCAUCUGCUGCGAACGCCGAGGCUGCGGUCCCACAACUGCCACGUCCUGGUAUUACUUGCGGUCGUACACGCAUCCCUGUGCUGGGAAAACUUGGAACUUUUGAAAGUUGCUCCCUGAGAAGAAUUCCUCUUAGAAACUUUUCGGAAACACCAGCAUACUUUGCUUCAAAGGACGGUGCCAGCAAGGAUGGUUCUGGAGAUGGGGGCAAGAAGUCUGUCAGUGAGGGAGGUAGUAAAAAGUCAAGCUCUGGAAGUUCAGGGAAAGGAGGGAACCAGCUGCGCUGCCCGAAGUGCGGUGACUUGUGCACGCACGUGGAGACCUUCGUUUCUUCCACCCGUUUUGUGAAGUGUGAGAAGUGUCACCAUUUUUUUGUUGUGCUGUCAGAGGCCGACACAAAAAAGAGCAUCAUAAAAGAGCCUGAGUCAGCAGCAGAAGCUGUGAAAUUGGCAUUCCAGCAGAAGCCGCCGCCUCCACCAAAAAAGAUUUAUAACUACCUCGACAAAUACGUUGUUGGUCAGUGUUUUGCCAAGAAGGUGCUUUCAGUUGCUGUGUACAAUCAUUAUAAAAGAAUCUAUAAUAAUAUCCCAGCUAACCUGAGACAGCAAGCAGAAGUUGAAAAACAGACUUCUUUGACGCCGAGAGAAUUAGAAAUCAGAAGACGGGAGGAUGAGUACAGAUUUACAAAACUGCUGCAGAUCGCUGGAAUUAGUCCACAUGGGAAUGCUUUAGGAGCAUCGAUGCAGCAGCAAAUGAGCCAGCAGAUAACUCAGGAGAAGCGGGGAGGUGAAGUACUAGAUUCACCUAAUGAUGACAUAAAACUUGAGAAGAGUAAUAUUUUACUGCUUGGACCAACUGGAUCAGGUAAAACCUUGCUGGCUCAGACUCUAGCUAAAUGCCUAGAUGUACCCUUUGCCAUCUGUGACUGUACUACCUUGACUCAAGCUGGCUAUGUUGGUGAAGACAUUGAAUCUGUCAUUGCAAAACUCCUGCAGGAUGCCAACUACAACGUAGAAAAAGCUCAACAAGGAAUUGUUUUUCUGGAUGAAGUAGACAAGAUUGGCAGCGUUCCUGGUAUUCAUCAGUUACGGGAUGUCGGUGGCGAAGGUGUUCAACAAGGCUUAUUAAAAUUACUAGAAGGUACAAUUGUAAAUGUUCCAGAAAAGAAUUCGCGAAAACUACGUGGAGAAACAGUACAGGUUGACACAACAAACAUCCUCUUUGUAGCUUCUGGUGCUUUUAAUGGUCUUGACAGAAUUAUCAGCAGGAGGAAAAACGAAAAGUAUCUAGGAUUUGGGACACCAUCCAAUUUGGGAAAAGGCCGAAGGGCUGCAGCAGCAGCAGAUCUUGCUAAUAUAAGUGGAGAGUCCAACACACAUCAAGACAUAGAGGAAAAGGAUCGCUUGCUGCGUCACGUGGAGGCCAGAGAUCUCAUCGAGUUCGGCAUGAUCCCCGAGUUCGUGGGCCGUCUGCCCGUUGUGGUUCCUCUGCACAGCCUCGACGAGAAGACACUCGUGCGGAUUCUCACAGAGCCACGAAACGCUGUCGUUCCUCAAUACCAGGCGCUAUUCAGCAUGGAUAAGUGUGAAUUAAAUGUAACUGAAGAUGCGUUGAAAGCUAUAGCUAGACUGGCCCUUGACAGAAAAACUGGUGCAAGAGGCCUUCGAUCUAUAAUGGAAAAGCUGUUGUUGGAGCCCAUGUUUGAAGUGCCCAAUUCUGACAUCGUAUGCGUGGAAGUCGACAAAGAUGUUGUAGAAGGCAAAAAAGAGCCAGGAUACAUUAGGGCUCCUCCUAAAGAUUCAUCUGAAGAAGAAUAUGACUCUGGAGUUGAGGAAGAAGGCUGGCCUCGGCAAGCAGAUGCUGCAAACAAUUAAAUACUGUCAGAAUGCUCUCCUGCAUAAAGCGCACUUGGUUAUUUCUUUAAGAGUACAUCUGGCUUCACGGUCUGAUACUAAAGGCAUUGGAUCUAUCUUGAAUAUGGUACAUGAUCAGGAAACUUCUUAGAUAAAUGAGAUCAUGUAUUUUAUUGUAACAUCACAUUGAUUUAUUUGGCGGACCUUGUGUGGACUAGAAUGGCAUAAUGUUCAAAUAUAAAUUGUAUAUUGCUUUUGUUCAAUUAAAAUAUAUAGCAAAUAUAGCAGCACCUGGAUUGCUUUUUUAAAAACUGAAUGGCAAUGCAGGUGCUGCCAAUAGUUAAUUUUACAAUAAUGCUACUCUACAAAUGGGAAAACAAGUUUAAUAAUUAGUAGGGGGUAAAUAAACUAUUAGCUCCUCAUACAACUCGCGCUUGGGUUAUGUUCAGGUCAGUGUUAGAUUCCUGCUCGUGUUUGAAAGCAAACUGGUGCUGGAGUGACUUGUUACAUUCGGUGUGGGAGGAAGCCCUUGCAAUUCUAUUUUG